UUGGGACAUCUCCACCUUACCCCUCUCUUUCUUCCUUACUUCUCUUCGCUGUUCCAUUCUCCUUUGACUUUCUUUUUCUUUCCCCCUCUGUCCCUUUCUGCAAUACUACCCCAGGUUUGACUCGGCUAUCAAAUCCCGACCGCUCGUGCAACUCCGAUGCGAGUCUGAUCCAACGCCUUGCGCAUCUCCAUGGCGUCGGUUUCGCCACCUAAACCUUGGGAGAGAGCCGGUGCUGCUGCCGGAAGUCCUGCGUUGUCAAAUUCAUCUAGUCCUGCCACCUCUAUACCCCCAGUCCCCACUACCUCGGCACCCACCGCGACCGCGACCACCUCCCCCGUCGCCGGUCCCUCUCUCCCUGAUCGUCCGGACACGUUGAAUUCGGUCGUGAAUCGCACAGCUUCGAACUACUCUCCUUACGGCGCCUCGCGUUUCGGAACCGGUAUGGGGUCGACUCUGGGAAGCAGUCCCUAUGGUGGCUACGGUGGUAUGGGCGGCUAUUCGUCCCCGUACUCGCGCCUUGGCUCUAUGGGGUCCAUGUACGGCGGUGGUUAUGGGGGCUAUGGAGGCGGCAUGUAUGGUGGGAUGGGUGGAAUGGGCGGUAUGGGCGGUAUGGGCGGCAUGUAUGGCGGCGGGAUGCCUGGCGACCCGAACGAUCCCAACAGCCUGACCAACUCGUUUGGUCAGAACACCCAGGCGACCUUCCAGAUGAUCGAGAGCAUCGUUGGUGCGUUUGGUGGAUUCGCGCAGAUGUUGGAGAGUACCUACAUGGCCACCCACAGCUCUUUUUUCGCGAUGGUGUCGGUCGCAGAACAGUUCGGCAACCUCCGCAACACCCUAGGGUCCGCCUUGGGUAUCUUCACGAUCAUCCGAUGGUUCAGAACCCUGAUCGCCAAGAUCACCGGUCGCCCUCCCCCGGCUGAUGCGACGGCCCUGACGCCGUCGGCCUUUGCGGCCUUUAUGACCGGGCGGGCUUCCCCCGCGACCCUGCCGGACGGGUCCCCGGCCCCGCCCCGGCCCUCGAAGAAGCCGUUCUUCAUGUUCCUCGUGGCCCUGUUCGGCCUCCCCUACCUGAUGAGCAAGCUCAUCAAGACCCUGGCGCGCUCGCAGGAAGAGCAGCGCCGGCAGCUGAUGGGCCCCAACGGCGAGCCCCUGUCCCAGAACCAGGUCGACCCGUCCAAACUGGACUUCUGCCGCGUCGUGUACGACUAUACCCCGGAGUCGCAGGACAGCCAGGGCAUCGACCUCGCCGUCAAGAAGGGCGAGAUCGUGGCGGUCCUAAGCAAGUCCGACCCCAUGGGCAACGCCUCGGAGUGGUGGCGCUGCCGUGCCCGCGACGGCCGCGUGGGCUACCUGCCGGGUCCCUACCUGGAAACCAUCCAGCGCAAGCCGGCGGCCAUCACGGCGGGCGAGGAGGCGCACGGGCCUGUCAACCCCGUCGCUGUGGCGGCGGAGACCGCCGAUGCCAAGAAGCCCGAACUGCAGAGCAAGAUGGGCGAUAUUUCGCCCCAGAGUUUCCAAAAGAGUGCAUUCUACACAUAAUCUUUUCUCCUCAUGCCAUUUCAUACCCCUCCCCUUACCAACCCAUACCCUACUCCAUACCAUACCCACGAAAGUCACCACAAUCGAAUAGCUUGAUAAACCCGUUGAUACCUGGGUGGCGUUUGCUUUUCCCACCUUUCUUUUCUUCUUUGUUAUUACUUUUUCUUUUCUUCUGUUUUCUUUUCUUUUCUUUUGUUGUUUGUUCAAGGGUUAUUAUUGCACGUUUCAGCGGAAGUAUUAGUUGAUUGACUGCUCUUAUCGGUUUUAUUAUUAUGUGUAUAGGGUAUUACUAUUACUGCAUUUAUUAUCUCUUAUCUUUAGGUUAUUCAUUUUAGGCCGUUGGCA